AUCCAAUUGCCCACCGAGUCCCUGCAGCAGUUUGACUUUUAUUCCAGAUUUCAGCGUCUGCAAUCUCUUGCGCCUUAAUCUUUCUGCCUGUUGCGUCGAAUCUCAGUCGGGUAUCAGGUGGAAAGGCCCCUACCCAGUGCUGCCAACGACUCGAACAGCUAUCAAAGUGAAAGACUGACUGGAUACACACUACACGGUGCAAACCACACUACGAGUCAGGUGAAUGACUGAAAUGGGAUCAACCCAGAAAGUUAUUACCAUCUUGGUCCUUUCGCUAGCUACAGUUCCACAGUGCUUGGCUAUGAAUACAUUUUUGCGAAUGGUUUAUGAAUAUGCUAACAGAAGUAAUGUGUCUAGCUGUUGGGUAUGUAUGGCUAUACCAAUGCAUGGAGGGGGAGAAGGAGGUAUCCCACUGAUCUCUAUACCUCUGAAUGAGACAGAGACGGAGGCAUUCAGUUCAAUAAUGACCCGCUUCCGCAGCUGGUUCUUUGGCCAAACCUUGAAUUUGACAAGUGGUAUAGUUAAAAUGGGACCAUACAGUCCGAGCAGCUUGAGGCCAGAUAAUGGCACGACCCAUCACCGUUCCUCUGUGGACAGAGGACUCUCCAUGAAAGGGUGUUUCAAGGGAUGGUGGUUUCCAGAGUAUAAUUUAAGUAAGAGUAAUCCUCCUGUACUGCAUGUGAUCCCACGAUCAGUGAACAGGUGCUGGUGUAAGGAGCAGAGGGAAGGAAAAGCAGUAGGGAGAGCAAAGUGCAGGAAUCAGAGUACAGAAUGGGUACAUGGAGAAAGCACAAUGAAGGGAGUCCCCUGGACUUUAAAUGGGACCUAUUGGAUAUGUGGUAAUAGGGCAUAUCCCUGGUUGCCAUGGAAUUGGAAAGGUUGCUGCUACUUGGGGUACAUAGUGCCUCUCAUGUAUCAUGUGAUUCAGUUGGGUGAAAAACCAAAACUCCCAAGAGAUAGGAGAGUAAUUACGGAACUAGAGCGAUUUGGGAUGAUAGCUCUUCCUUGGUAUGGAACUGGAAAAGCGGCCAGGGAAUUGAUCAAUAUGGUAUCAGCACUAGAAAAACUAGCUAACGAUACUGCUGAGGGAUUUGAAGAAACACAGCAGGCCUUACCUGCCAUAACAGCUGAAUUGGUUGCUACUAGGACUGUGGCCCUGCAGAAUAGGAUGGCCUUAGAUUUUAUCUUGGCCGAGAGAGGAGGCACUUGCGCCAUUGUGGGCCAGGAAUGCUGCACCUAUGUGCCUGAUGAGUCAGAAAACAUUACGCACCUGACAGGUUAUAUCAAGGAUUCAGCAGAGAAAAUUAAGAAAAUUGGAAAGCAGUUUCACAACUAUAAUCCCCCUGGUAGUAGCUGGUGGCCCUUUGGAAGUUGGUGGCAGACCCUGACGUGUUAUGGAAUAAUCCUGAUUAUCUGCAUAGUGGCUGUGCAAUUUCUAUGUGUUCUGUUGCCCUCGGCAGGAAGGGAUAGGCCUGUUACCCACAGUUAGAAGCUCCUGUGAUGAUAGUUACGAUGAGGAGGAAUGUUUGAAGAUGUAAACGUACCCUGUAGGGUAUGAACCUCCUUUUCAGCAAGAGGAGGAAGAGUGGAUUGUAGAAAAAUAAAUGAUGUCUUUUGACUGUACUCAGGCUGAUGCAAUAUUUGACUUUGUAUAAGAGAACUGUGUUUGCAGUCAACAGUCAAUCUUGGCUUGGAGCCAGAAGGUCUGCAGAAGACUGCUGAAACCAGACUUUGAAAUAAAACAGGGUGCGAGGUCAGCCUUGAGCGCACUGAUAAGAGGAACUGAUUGGUGUUCUUCUUUGUCUUAUCUUGAUCUAUGUGAUAUAUUGAUUAAGUUCUUAAGUGUGCAACGACUGGAACUGGAAUAGUCACGUGAUAUAGCUGUCGUUUUAACAUAUAAAAUAAGCUUGUAACCUUCUGUAUGUUAGUCUGGGUGACAGUGGAGAUUGCUGCCCACUGUCCAUGGUACCAUGUAA